AGUUGUGUAGUGGAUUUGUAGUUUGUCACAAUGUUGUUAAAACAUUAUUUUGUUUCCAUAGGCAAUGUUUUUCAUUUUCUUUUGUAAUUUGUACUUUGAAUGAUUUCUGUUGUGUAUUGUGUUGUGUUUACUUUCUUAGCAUUACUGAAUACCUAUGUUGCAGAAUCCGAAAUAUCUCUCUCUCUUGCUGAAGAAUUUUUGGGAAUGAAAAUGAUGCAUUGGAGAGAAGACAGUGUACUGGACAGAAUGAAGCCAUAUUCCAACUUUCUCAUUGUACACAAGGUUGAAGACUGGGGAGGAUAUAAAGCAAUCCCUAUCCUUCAUCCGGCCAUUGCAUCUGCCUGUCUGGAAGAGUUAGAGAGAAGCUUCUCUUUAAAAGUGAGCGAUAUUACUAUGGAGGUUCUUCACUGUGAUCUCUUCUUCAGUGUUGGAGUUGCCAAACACAGAUUGUCAAUUCAUCAAAUGGUGAUUGAAAGGCAGCGCAACAAAGAUGAGAGAGGACGAUUUUCAUCUCUCAUAGACAAAGUCCACAGUCAGCAAGGAAGACAAACUGUCCAAGAAAUAUUUGUGAAAGCAUCAUCCAGGUUUGAAACAAGUGCAUAUAUUCCUCAGGCCUUGGCAAGAUAUUUGUACAUCAAGGAAUCUGACUUCCCAGAGGCUCUGAAAUGGGCAGAAAAGGCCAAGAACAUCAAUGAAAACUCAUACACAUUCGACACAAUUGGGCAGGUUCACAAAAGUCUUUUAAAAUCUAACAACAACAGAGAAAAGCAGGAAACAUCACACAAUCCAGAAGACUUAAACACAAACGUAAAAAAAGCGGAGAAUGCCAUCAGAGCGUUUAAAAGCGCUCAAGAGCUGGCAAACACAGAGAAUGACCCUGAGGAUAAAGCUGCUGCUGAUGAGUCGGGUGACUUUCCCAGAAAGUCAUAUAAUGUUAACGGCUAUGUGGGUGUGCUGGAAAUUGCCUUCAUAGUCUCUGAGAUAUUAUGCAGAUUGCCGUUCUUUGAGGAAAGAGAUCCAAUGAAGAAGAAGUACUUCCAGAGUUACCUGCAAAAAGUAAUCCCAAUCACCAGCGUGCAUAAGGAUGACAAUGACAUCAACAACAGAUAUGUGGAGAUCAUCAAAGAACAUGAGCAGUUUCUCCUUGGUUUGAAAACUGAAGUUAAAGACACAUUUGAUCAUCUUAGCUUUUACUUCACAUGUAUUAAAGGAAACAACUCCGAAUUUGAUUCAAAGAAUCGUUGGACCGUCAGUGGGUUUUUUAAAGACUUUGUAAAUCUUUUUUGCACUGCAACUGAUGAAAUGCAAAAAGAACGACUAAGCAAUCCUAAUCUCAAUUUGAAAAGAAAUAUUGAAGAACGAAGAUUGAUUCUUGAAGUGAAACAUGCAGAUACAUUCACAGGGAUUCUUCAGCAUCUGGACAAGCCUGCCGAAGAGAUUGAGGAGAUCACAGCAUGCUAUGCAUUCUUGCAACAAAAACAGCAAUUCUUCAAUAAAAAACAACAGACAAAGGAAACUAUCAAUUACAUUAUGUCGAAGAUAGUUCUUUACCUUUUGAAACCAAAAUCUAAGCAUGUAAAGACACUCAACCACCUUUCUGAUCUGCUUUUGAAAACUCUGACAGAUGUAGGAUCUGGGUAUCCCUUCCCAGACCCAUACUAUCUGGCUUUGCUGCUGUUCUGGCCAAGUUCUACUCAGGAAAACCAAGAAAUCGUGAGAUAUGUGAAAGCAAUUCGAAGAUCAUCCUGCAAGAGGUUCUCAUUGCUUCGAAAGAGGAGCACAGUUGCCCACCUCUACUUAGGGAAAGAAGAGGGACUCAGUAGGCUUGUUUCCAAACCUCAACUAGAUGAGAAUUUUAAAAAAAUGCGACGUGACACCUUGCCACAACUUUGGCGAAAUGGAAAUAUAUUUAAAACACAGGCGAUUAUCAAACGUCUUCAUCGAGUCGUUGGAACCAUUGAGCAAGGAGAGGUGUUCGCCAUUUACAGAAAACUGAAAAUCCCUGUGCGUCCAGCUCUCAUUGCUGGUACAAGAAGUGGUUGCAGCACAGAAAAGGUUUCUUUCUACCUUGGCUUUGCUAUUGAUGGACCCCUUGCUUAUGACAUUCAGUAUGAAAACUAGGGUAAGGGACUGUAAAUAACAAAGUGCAAAUUGCACAAGUGCAGCAAAAGUGCCAAGACAAUUGUUAGGUUUGAAAUAUGGGCGUGACAGCCACUGAAUCACUGUGAUGGAUUCCAAACACACCUCAUAAAAGCACAUGAGCAAAUUAUAAAUAAGACAGAUUGAAGGUACACGUGCCAAUCCUGUAGCUCAUGCAUAUUUCAUUUUAAAAAAGUAAUCCUGUUGCUCUAAUGGCUUAUGCAUAUCUUUUUUUAUUACUUAUUUUAUUUUAUCUUCAUUUUACGUCAUUUCAUAUUUUAAAGUCUUAUCUUUACUCUUACUAGUUAUCAUUAAAUGUGUCAGAGACAGAUUUCACAGUCAAAAGGCUUUUUAUGUCACAUUAAGAUAAUGUCAUUACAUUUUUUUAAACAUUUGUUAUGUAAUUUAUAAUGAGUUUUUUAUAUAUUUUAAGUCUUUUAAAGUUGUGGCAAAGUGUCUGUUGAAAUGCAGAGUUAAAUGCCUGGCCCUGCAGCUCUAGCUACAGUGCCCUUUCCCACCUAUCUUGUUCAGACUGUUCAGUUUGAUCAGAACCAUUACAGGUGUGAAACCCACCAACAGUUGUGUAGUGGAUUUGUAGUUUGUCACAAUGUUGUUAAAACAUUAUUUUGUUUCCAUAGGCAAUGUUUUUCAUUUUCUUUUGUAAUUUAUACUUUGAAUUAUUUCUGUUGUGUAUUGUGUUGUGUUGUAAUUUAUUUUACAUUUGUGUUGCCUCUUGGAUUUGUAGUGAUUGGUAGGUCUACCUAUUUGCUUGAACAGAGUUCAUAUUUAAUUGUUUUAAUGUAUAUUUGUAGUGAGGCACAAUCUGAUCCACUUGUUUUUUUCAUUUAAAAUGUUGUCAUUGAAUUUGCUUUCUUUUGUAUCCAGUCACAUUUUGGAGGACAUCUUUCUUUAUGGAGGCUUAAAGUAUCAAGGAUUUAUAUUGGUGCCACUCAAUUGGUUUGUGAUUGGUAUAUUAACUUUGAGGUCAAAAUUAUAAAAAUGAUUCUGAAUGUAAUAUACUGUAAAGUCAGUAAGAACACAUGAGUAGUUGAGAAAAAUGAUAAAUACGUUUUAUUUGACGUGUCUGUGCAUAUUUACAUUGUGCCAUUAGUCAGAGCCACCCUAGUCAAAAAACUGGACAUGCCACUGAAAUGUAUACAAUCAUAAACGUUGCAUUACAAACAAUCAUAUCUUGUGUAUCUGUUUAAUUGUUUUUUGUAGAAUUAAAUAAUUGUAACCCUGACUUAA